AUGUUGAUAAUAGCAUCAGAAUUUUUUUUUUUUGGAGAUUAUCAGUUUCUUUGUGCACUCUAUGGUAUUUCUGGAGCUACAGGGAGACAUUGUUGUCUUUUUUGUAAUGCUACAUCGACUGAUAUGAAAGGUAUUGAAAGUCAAAGCGCAGAGAUAAAAGUUCGUACCUUAGAAAAUUUGUAUACUGAUUAUAAAAGUUUCAUAGAAAAGGGAGGUCAGCUGUAUGAUGCUAAACAUUUUAAUAAUGUUAUAACAGAGCCAAUGUUAAAAAUACCUUUAGAUCAGGUAUCUUUACCAAGUCUUCACAUGGCUCUUGGAAUUUAUCUGAACUUUUUUAACUUCUUUGAAGAUGAAGUGCAUGAGUUAGAUGUUUUAUUGGCAGCAGAAGAAAUUAAAAUGACAAAUAACUAUACAGCUAGUUAUUCAGAAGAAUAUCAAAUCUUUGUGAAAAAACAGAAAGAAUUAUCAAAUCUUCAAUGUGAGAUUGUCUGUCUUAAUGAGAAACUUCAAUCGAUAAAUGAUAUUGCUUUGCUUGCUGCAAUACAGAAUUCUGAUUAUGGCAUGAAUGUUCAAUCUCUUUACAACUCUGAUAUUGAUUCCAUCAAUUUCAAAAAAGGAGUAAAGACUAAUCAAUACAAUACUCUUAUGCAAAAGCAUUCACUGUAAAAAGGUCAAGGACCUUGCACAAGAUAAAUUGAGGCAGUUCUUCAAAAAUUAAAC